CGUCAGAAAGGUCGUGGGUGAGAGGUGAUCGGGACUCAUCUUGUUGUCUUUGUAAGAGUGGAGCGCGAUCACGCAGCAGUGUCUUCCCUCUUCCCCGAAUCCUCUCAAAACUCCCUCCCGAACCUUUCCCUCUCACCCUCCGGAUCCCGGACCCCGGACCCUCAUCCCCUCCCCGCCUCACGCGUCAGGUGUCUGUGUGGCAGGUUGAUCACCCGUGACCAAAGAUCUAGAGCUUGACUCAUCUCUCAUUAUGGACUCUGGUGUGAUUGAAGGAGGACUCAAUGUCACGCUCACCAUCAGACUGCUCAUGCAUGGCAAAGAAGUGGGCAGUAUCAUCGGGAAGAAAGGUGAAUCGGUGAAGAAGAUGCGAGAGGAGAGUGGUGCUCGGAUCAACAUUUCUGAAGGCAACUGCCCAGAACGCAUCAUCACCCUGGCAGGACCCACGACUGCCAUCUUCAAAGCUUUCUCCAUGAUCAUCGAGAAACUCGAAGAGGACAUCAGCAGCUCCAUGUCUAACAGCACGGCCACUUCAAAGCCUCCGGUCACUCUCCGGAUCGUGGUGCCAGCCAGCCAGUGCGGAUCGCUCAUCGGCAAGGGCGGCUGCAAGAUUAAAGAGAUCAGGGAGUCGACAGGAGCUCAGGUGCAGGUAGCUGGAGACAUGCUGCCCAACUCUACUGAGAGAGCCAUCACUAUCGCUGGAACGCCACUGUCCAUCAUCGAGUGUGUGAAACAGAUCUGUGUGGUCAUGCUGGAGUCACCUCCUAAAGGUGUGACCAUCCCUUACCGACCCAAACCCUCAGGAUCGCCUGUCAUUUUCGCAGGAGGACAGGCAUAUGCGGUGCAGGGACAACAUGCCAUUCCUCAGCCUGAUCUCACUAAACUUCAUCAGUUGGCAAUGCAGCAGAGUCCAUUUCCUCUGGCCCCCAGUAGCCAAGGAUUCACUGCUGGAAUGGACGCCACUGCACAGACAGGCUCUCAUGAACUGACCAUUCCAAAUGACUUGAUUGGCUGCAUCAUCGGCCGUCAAGGUGCCAAGAUCAACGAGAUUCGUCAGAUGUCAGGUGCACAAAUCAAGAUCGCCAACCCCGUAGAGGGCUCGACCGACCGGCAGGUCACCAUCACUGGCUCGCCCGCCAGCAUCAGUCUGGCAGAGUACCUCAUCAAUGCACGAAUCUCAUCUGAGGCAACAGGACUGGCUGCAAACUGAUGCGCUCCGUCGCCACACCGCCCCUUUACCCUUCCUCCAUCACAUUUACAAUCUCUAAGCGCAAAAAGAAACCAAGUAUUCUCAACCAAUCCUUUCCUUUCACCCACCCGAGCUAUGCUUCAUGGAUAUACACGAGUAUUUUAUUUAUUUAUUUCAUGACAUGUUUUUAAAAUCCCUUUACGUACAGUUUUUAAUGUCUUGUUUUUCCUUUGAUGCAUAUUCUGUCAGUUAACAUUACCACGAGAAAGUGGAAAAAUCUGAAAAGGCGUAGGUUUUUGUUGUCAGAUUUUUCUCAUAAAACAGAAAAAAAGUGUCACAAAAAGCAAUUAAUUAUGAUAGACUGACCGCUUUUUCUGUAUUGAACAUUUAUUUAUUUUAAUUUAACUCUAGGAAGUUACAGAUGUUUUAAAAUCUGAGAUGAGCUUUAGAUGAUGAGCUCUUGUUUUUCUGCAUCAGAUCCAUUUUCAAUCUGUUUCAGGUGACCUAAAUUUUUUUCUUUUCUUUUUUUUUCUAAUUAUGUCAUUCCUCUUUUUCUUUUUUUAUCCUGAAGUUGGAGAUUUUGUUAGUGGGAGGGAUGAGCGAUGAGUAUCACUGUAGUUUCUGCAUAAAUGACAUUGCUGAUAUAAUAAUGAGUUGAAAAUAUUUCUUGAGAGAAUAUUUUUUUUAACCUUGUGGUGUGGAGCCCAGACCGGAGGAUUUCAAUUUGACAAGUUUAUAUGAUAAUGCAAGUGAGUUACUGAACAAUGACUAGAAGGAACUUUCUAGAAUUAACACUAUUUUCUUCUCUACUCUGCUUGAGUAAUAGUUUUGUUUUUGUAUUAUUUUUGUUUGUUUUUUGCAGGAGGAAGGAAAUCCUAAACCUUUUUGUGCACGUUUUCAGAAUAUUGUAGAUUGAGUGCAGCAGGAAUGAAGAAUUAAACAUGCAAAAUUAAAACAUGAAAUGCUGAAACUAUUGAAUGGUGUCUUGCAUCAUCUUGGUUUAUCACAGUUGUUGUUUUUACGUUUGAUAAAAUACAUUGAUUAACAUCAGUUUUCAGAGGUAUUCACCUUUUCUAUUUAGUUUGUUUUAUUUAUUUUCAGCAAAGACUGCCAGUUCUUCAAGAAUAGUUCAAGACCAUUUAAUUUGACAAUUCUGAAUAUUGUCCAUCUGUGAACAUCAAUGUUUUACACAUUGACAAGCUAUUCAAUAGGGACAGCUGAACCUUUAGGCUUCUUUUUGGAUUGAAAUGUAUUUAAUAAUAGGAUGUAUGUAUCUGAGCUUUAGUGUCAUGUACUGUAAGUCUCUCUUCAUACAGUCGGCACAACAACAUCUGUGGCCUAAACUUUGAAAUGCAUUGCUUAUUUUGCCCGUUUGCCAAGAAAAUACAAAAAAAACUGUUAUUCUUGUGCAAAAACAGUAAUCUAAAUUACACAGACAUGAGUUUCAGUUGUGCAUGUUU